CAAAAGCAAAACAUUGAAAAUCACAACCCUGGUCCUCAGUAUAAGCACGGCAAGUUACGACUGCUAGAAUCUGUGUCUGACAUAUGUCCUGCAUUUUGUCCUCAUCUGUUACUUGUUCCUGACAGAAACAAUAAUUAAAUAUGCAGAAAGCGAAACAGUAUGAUUGGAAGGACAGCAAUCUGGCUUUGUUUGGUUCGGAUACAGAAAAACAGGUGAAAAAAGAUGCUGCUGCAACGGAACCUGCAUGGAAAAAUGCUGGCCAAAAAAUUGGAGUAGAAAUUUGGAGGAUUAACAAAUUUAAAGUUGAGAAGUGGCCUAAAGAAGAUUAUGGUAAAUUUUUUAAUGGAGACUCAUAUAUCGUCUUGAAUACAUACAAAGAACAGGAUGGUGAUGAGUUGCUUUAUGAUGUUCACUUUUGGAUUGGUAAAUAUUCUACACAAGACGAAUAUGGUACUGCAGCUUACAAAACAGUUGAGCUGGACACAUUACUGGAUGAUAAGCCAAUUCAGCAUAGAGAAGUACAAUCACACGAAUCCAAUUUAUUCAAAUCUUAUUUUUCAUUCUUUACAAUAAUGAAAGGUGGUUGUGACAGUGGAUUUAGACGUGUAACGCCUGAAUCAUAUAAGAAAAGGCUUUUCCAUAUUGUUGGUGAACGCAAAAAGAUUAGUGUUACAGAGAUUCCACUAAAAAGAGGAAAUUUGAAUAGUGAAGAUGUGUUUGUUAUUGACUGCGGCCUACGCAUCUACCAGUUCAACGGUGAAACAGCCAAUAAAGAUGAAAAAUUUAGAGCCACGCAAUAUGUUAAUCAAUUGAAAUCUGAAAGGAUGGGGAAACCUAGACUUGAUAUCCUUGAAGAAAAAGGAAUCAGUCCUAGCCAUACGAUGUACAAAUUGUUGCCAGAUGGAAAGAGUAAGGAGAAAUCAGGACCGCCAGAGAAUGCACCAAGCAUGCAACGUGUUUCGGACUGCAAUGGUAAAAUAGCCAUUAAAGAAAUAAUGAGUGGAUCGAUUGAUAGAAGCCAGCUAGAUAGUAACGAUGUUAUUAUUGUUAGCACGUCUAGAUCUUGCUUUGUUUGGAUUGGAAAAGGUGCAUCAAUUGACGAACGAAAAAACUGCAUGACUUUUGCACACAAUUUCUUACAAGUACAACCCAAUCCUUUCGUUCCGGUUACUGUACUUUCCGAAGGUAAAAAAUCUGCUGACUUCGAUGCAAUUUGGUGAGCUAGCCAUGAUCUUUUAUCUGUACAAAUUUGUUAACAAGGCAGAAGUAUACCUUGCAUGCAUGGCUUCCAUAAUAUGUCUACAUAUUUUUUUCUGUUAUAGAUCUGAUUUUUUUUUCACUAUCCGUGUACAUAUUCUAUUAUAUUGUGAACCUUUUUAUAGUCGCACUUUUUCCAUUUUGUAUUUAUUGUAUUUUCACGAAAGAUCGAUUGAAAACUUUA